AUGGGCGACGGGAGCUGUGUGCUGAAUUGCUGCCUGUACUGGCUGCUCGGGGUCUUCUGCCUCGACUGCUGCCUGGCGGCGCCCAAGCGCGGCCGCCUGCGCGACAACCACGCCCUGGCGCCCGAGCCCUGCGGAGACUGCUGCGUCCACUGCUGGUGUGGGCCCUGCGCUGUGUGCCAGGAGGCUCGCCUGAUCAAGAGCCACGGCGUCAUGCCCGCCCACAUGGCGGCGCCCGCCGGCGCCGCGGCCCCGCCGCCGCAGUACUACCAGCAGGCCCCCCCUCAGGGGCAGGGCCCACCGCAGCAGCAGUUCAUGUCGGUGUGA